AUGGACAGCAGCGGGAGGAAAGUGGUCGUCUGUGACAAUGGGACGGGUAAACGUCCCAUCAUUCAGUCAGACACAAAAGUUGGGAAUAUAGAGAUCAAGGAUCUGAUGGUUGGUGAUGAGGCGAGCGAAUGGCGCUCCAUGCUGGAGGUCUCGUACCCCAUGGAGAACGGGAUAGUCCGCUGCUGGGAGGACAUGCUGCACCUGUGGGAUGAUCACACGUUCGGCCUGCAGCAGCUCAACAUCAACCCUCCCGACUGUAAGGUCCUGCUGACGGAGAACCCGCUGAAGAACCGGCAGAAGAUCGCCGAGGUCAUGUUUGAGACCUACAAGUUCCACGGCAUCUACAUCGCCAUUCAAGCCGUGCUGACUCUCUACGCUCAGGGUUUGUUGACCGGUGUGGUGGUCGACUCGGGAGAUGGUGUGACUCACAUCUGUCCCGUUUACGAGGGCUUCUCUCUGCCUCACCUCACGCGCCACUUAGACAUCGCAGGACGAGACAUCACGCUUAAUCUGAUUAAGCUUCUGCUCCUGCGAGGCUACGUCUUCAACCACACGGUGGACUUCGAGACUGUGCGGAUGAUGAAGGAGAAUCUGUGUUUUGUUGGCUACAACAUUGAGCAGGAACAGAAACUGGCCAAUGAGACCAGUGUCCUGGUGGAGUCCUACACGUUACCAGACGGGCGGAUGAUAGUCGGAGGCGAGAGGUUUGGUGCGCCAAAGGCUCUUUUCCAGCCUCAUCGCAUUAACGUGGAGGGUGUUGGUGUGGCCGAACUGCUCUUCAACACCAUCCAGGCAGCAGACAUUGACAUCAGGUCGGAUUUCUACAAGCACAUCGUCCUGUCUGGAGGAAGCACCAUGUAUCCGGGACUUCCUUCCCGUUUGGAGCGCGAGAUCAAGCAGCUGUAUCUGGAGAGAGUGCUGAAGGGAGACACUGAGAAACUCUCUAAAUUUAAGAUCCGCAUCGAAGACCCUCCGCGGUGCAUCUGA